AUGUGGGGCAAAUCAGCCAUCGUGGCACGUGACUCCGACGUUAUCGCGUGGCAAACAAUUUCGACGCCAUCCCGCAGACCUCAUGCCGAUUCGUCCUACUUCGAACCGGGGCUUUCGAAGGCGGAGGUCUAUGCUCAGGUUCUCCAGCAAGCGCAAGGCCUGACUGAGGGACAGCGGAACUGGUUUUCAAUGACUUGUGGGAUUUGGAAAGCUUAUUUUCCAAGCAACCUUGCAAGUGUCUCUUCCCUCCUCUGGCACGCCUAUGCAAGUCUCCCCGCUCCCUCCAAUGCCGUGAAUUGGGCUGGUUUCUACGUCCGGAAAGAUAAGUCGCCAUCAUCGGGAGUUUCCACCGCAAGCGAUGCGAAGAAUAUUCUUCUCCUUGGCCCGUUCCACGGUAAACCGGCGUGUCAGUUGAUACCAUUCGGACGCGGGGUCUGCGGUACCGCAGCGUCGAAACGGGAGACGGUGAUUGUCUCCGAUGUAUUGGAGUGGGAGGGACACAUCGCGUGCGAUGCGGAUAGCAGGAGUGAAAUUGUUGUGCCUAUAGUCGUCGAUGGAGAAACGCUGGCUUUGAUAGAUAUAGAUUGCACGCAACCAUCUGGCUUCGACGAGAUAGAUAAGAAAGGUCUGGAGCAUUUAGCGAAAUUGCUGGCAGAAAACUGCGACUGGUGA